GUGUGUGUCUUUGAGGGGCGUGUGCGUGCGUGUGUUUCUCUCUGCUGCUGAAGCGCAAGGAAGCUCUGAGAGCUGCGACUUUCCUACACACACACACACACACACACACACCAUUAAAGCGCUCGGGAAGAAGUGACGCGAUGAGCGCAGUUUCGCUUAUCUGUAACGUUUAACAGCGCGCGCGCGCACACACACACACCCACCGACCGACGUGUCCGUGAUUCACACACAGGGUGGCUUUUAAAUACACAGCAUUGGAUCGCAAGAAGAACGGAGUCUAAAAGAAGAAGAAAAAAGGACAUCCAUGACCUCAGAUUUCCAGCACGACAGCUUCAGGAUGCCGAAUAUAGGAUUUCAAAACCUCCCCCUCAACAUCUACAUCGUGGUGUUCGGAACUGCCAUCUUCGUGUUCAUCCUCAGCCUUUUGUUCUGCUGCUAUCUGAUACGGUUACGACACCAAGCACACAAGGAGCUCUACGCAUAUAAACAGGUGAUUCAGAAGGAAAAGGUCAAAGAGCUAAAUCUGCAUGAGAUCUGUGCCGUAUGCUUGGAGGAGUUCAAGCAGAAGGACGAGCUGGGGAUUUGCCCAUGCAAACAUGCCUUUCACAGGAAGUGCCUCAUCAAGUGGUUGGAGGUGAGGAAGGUGUGUCCGCUGUGUAACAUGCCCGUCUUACAGCUGGCGCAACAGCAGGGAACCUCUGAGACGACGGCCCUGACGCAGCAGCCCCUGCCUGGGGUGGAGAACCUGGUGUAGCCUUGAUGUCUUCGUCUUUUCAUCUUCCUCCUCCUACCUCCGCCCUCAUUUGCUCUACUGUACAGGUACACAACAACAACAACAACAACAACAACAAACCGCAGCAUCCUCGCUUUCUGCCUUGGCAGAGUCAUGAUCAAACAGAUUCUCGUCCUCCGGUGACGACUGGCGAGUCCUAACCAAGAUCAACAUUUUAUUAUUUCAGUUUUCUUUAAGAGGACAGUGAAGAUUCGGACUGUUCUACACCAAAGCACUUUUCUGGGGACACUAUUGAAGAGGCGAACACAAACUAUUUAUGAAGAAGAAGAAUUAUUCACAACAACAAACAAAAAGUGUUUUUUUUUUCUAACAAGCACUUUACUUGGACUCAAU